AUGAAAUUGGAUCCGUCGACUCUCUCUAACUACACGAAGGUCUCUUUGCGUUCGACUGCUGUUAGGCUCAAGGUAAACUGGCCUACUAAGACUCUGUCGGGCUCGGUAAAGUACCAGUUCGACUCUAUCGUUAACGCCGAAGUUGUUCUCGACACUUCGUUUCUGGAUGUCAACAGCGUCGUGUUCAAUGGUCAGCCGGUCAAGUACUCCAUUAGCGCGCGCCAAGAACCCCUAGGUGCGCCUCUGGUCAUCUGCCUGCCCGAAUCAGCACUGAGCGGUGACUUGGACAUCGAGUUUGCAACCACUGAAAAGUGCACGGCGCUGCAGUGGCUUGAUCCUGAGCAGACCUCCGGCAAAAAGGCUCCGUACAUGUUUUCGCAGUGUCAAUCCAUUCAUGCUCGUUCUCUUUUCCCUUGUUUCGACACUCCUAGCGUCAAAUCAACAUAUGAUAUCCAGGUCGAGUCCGCCCACCCCACGGUUGCAACUGGCAACGUUGUCAAGUCCGAUGAGGAGGGUGUGUACAAGUUCCGCCAGAACAUUCCUAUUCCCAGCUAUCUGUUUGCUAUUUCCAGCGGUGAUUUGGCCAGUGCUCCCAUCGGUCCGCGCUCAUUAGUUUACUCGGAGCCUAGCGAUCUCAAAGCUUGUCAGUACGAGUUUGAGGCUGACACCGAGAACUUCAUUAAGGUUGCGGAAAAGAUUGUUUUCCCAUACGAGUGGGAGACCUAUAAUGUCCUCGUUUUGCCUCCGUCUUUCCCGUUUGGCGGGAUGGAGAACCCGAACAUCACCUUCGCGACUCCUACUCUUGUUUCGGGCGAUCGCCAGUUGGUGGAAGUGAUUGCCCACGAGCUUGCCCAUUCCUGGAGUGGAAACCUCGUUACAAACUGCUCAUGGGAGCACUUCUGGCUCAAUGAGGGCUGGACCGUUUACCUGGAGCGGAGAAUCAUGGGAGCCCUUCGUGGUGAAUCUUACCGUCACUUUGAGGCGAUCAUCGGCUGGAAAGAUUUGACUGAAGCUAUUGAUGCUAUGGGAGAAACCGCUGAAAAGUUCUCUAAAAUGGUGGUUGACCUUCAAGGCAACGUCGAUCCCGAUGAUGCGUUCUCCACAGUGCCCUACGAAAAGGGAUCAACAUUCUUGCUGUAUCUCGAGAACUUGUUAGGCCGUGGGGAGUGGGACAAGUUUAUUCCUUUCUACUUCUCCAAGUUCAAGGCCAAGAGUUUGGACACUGACAUGUUCAAGGAGACUCUGUACGAGUUCUUUGCUAGUCAAAAGGACAAGCUUGAUGCCAUUGACUGGAAUCUCUGGCUGCACACUCCUGGUCUUCCACCCAAGCCGGACUUUGAUACAAGCAUCGCCGAGCCUUGCUUUGAUCUCGCCGCCAAGUAUGCUGAAGCCGCCAAAUCUACCGGAGACUUCUCCUGGGCCACUCAAAAGGAUACGGAGGGAUGGAAGGCUCGCCAGGUGUUGGUCUUUUUGGACUCUGUUGCCGAGAAACUCGAGGGUGCAAAGCACAUCUCCUCUGCUGCCGAGAAGAUGAACGAGCUGUUCAAUUUCAGCACCUCUAACAAUGCGGAGAUCAAGGCUCGUUGGUUCCGUUUGGCGAUCGCAGGUAAGCUUGAGCAGGAGUACCAGCCUCUGGCCGACUGGUUGGGAACGGUUGGUCGAAUGAAGUUCACCCGUCCUGGUUACCGUAACCUUGCCAGUGUCAGCCGGCAAUUGGCUCUUGACACGUUUGCUAAAUACAAGGAUUUCUAUCAUCCCAUUUGCCGCACUAUGGUCAUGAAGGAUUUGGGUCUUUAG